GUGACGCCAAGUUGGCUAGCCGCUAAACACUAUGGACAUUGGACGAUUAUUUGAAUUUGUCAAAUAGUAGAUGAAUUUGUGAAUUAUUCUGAGAAUGUUCGGUUUUAUUUGUUAAUUGGGGUUCAUAAAUCAAUCUUUAUUUGUGAAAAACAAUCCUUGUAUAAUAGAUUGUGCAAAAUGGAUGCAGAAGCUCAAUUACAUGGUGAUGUUUCCGAUGGCGCGGAAAUGUCUCCUUUGGUUGAAAAUCAACCAGAAACAAUUGAUGAAAUAGCGGAAGAUAACAUUACCAGCGAGCAUUCUGAUGCGGUUGAAACAACAGAGGGUGCAGCUACAAAUGGAGGAGCACCCACAAGUAGCAGUGAUCUCUUAGAACUGGAUCAAGGUGGAGAGCAGGCAGAUCAUGAUGAACCAGAAGUUGGUGAAGAAGGCAAUCAAGAAGCAGAAGAUGAAAUGGAUAUAGAUGAAACAACUCCUGGAGCAGUUGGGGAUGAGUCUGCUUACAUUGGAGACAACUGUUUAUCAACUCCCGCUGUGACUGAAGAUAACUCUCCUCAAGAGAGUGAGGGCUUAGAUCUCCUUUUAAAACAAGAAGGUCUGGAUGAGGAUACGGCUGAACGAGGUGAACAGCAAGAAGAGUCUCCUGACCAAUCAAUCAGCUCUGCAAUGCCUAUUGAAGGUGAUACUGCACCAAUUAUUAACGAUGAUGAGUCAAGUACAAUGGAUGAAGAUAUGGGUGGUGGAGAAGGAGUUGCCAGCAGCGAUGAUGUUAAUGAUAUCAGCAGUGCUGCACAGGACAUUCUUGGAACAGCUAUUAGUUCUAGCACUCCAGAAGUCGCUGACAUAACAAGCAGUGGGCAGGGAGAGCCAACUCUUAUCUCUUCCACAGCCAAUGGACCUGCAUUACUCCAUUCCUUCACAAUACUGCCGCAACCCACUAAUGAUUUUAGUGAUGCAGAUACAUCUGAAAUGGAAGGAGGGGCAGACACAAUGCCCGCUGUGAGUGAGUCCUUGCCAAUACUCACAAUGACAGCAAACGGAGCUGCUAUUCUAUCUCCUAACUUAUUGCAAGUGGCAGGCAGUGGGGUAACUGACGAGGCUGAGGGUGAGGAAGGAGCGAGCGGGGGGGUGUCGUCAUCGGGAGGUGGCGCGGCCGAAGAGGGGGCCGUGAGCAGCUCAGGGGCAAAUGGGCAGCCGCCCAUCCCGCCCACAGAUGCUGCCCACGCGCUGGCCACCCUUGCGAGUGCUGCCUUACAUCACAAUCAAGAACAGCCUGAACAAGAAGAACAAAAACCAAAUGAAGAAGACACAUGGUAUACAGUUGGCAUUGUGAAAGGAACUACAUUUACAGUUCAAAACUACAUUUCUGAUCCGAACAUAGAGCUAUCAAAUUUAUCGUUGGACAAUCUGCCAGACCUCACUGAGUUGUCCACGACGCCAUUGGAGCACGGCACAGCGUACAAGUUUAGGAUCGCCGCCAUUAAUUCCUGUGGCAAAGGGGACUUUAGUGAGGAAGCAGCAUUCAAAACGUGUCUCCCUGGAUUCCCGGGCGCACCUUCUGCCAUCAAAAUUUCAAAGUCCGUGGAGGGCGCACACUUGUCAUGGGAACCUCCGCAGGUCGCAGCCGAAGGCAUCUUCGAGUACUCCGUAUAUCUUGCUGUACGCUCCAGUUCACAACAAAAGGAAUCAAAGAACCAGCUGGCCUUCGUACGCGUGUAUUGCGGUAAAGCGAACACGUGCGUAGUCCCGCAGUCGUCGUUGGGCGCGGCCCACGUGGACUCGUCAGCGAAACCCGCGAUCAUAUUCCGUAUUGCAGCGAGGAACGAUAAAGGCUAUGGACCCGCUACUCAAGUCAGGUGGCUGCAAGAUAUCAAAUCAACGGGCGUAAAGCGAGCAGGCGAAGGUCGACUUCCGGGAGCUUCGCCCUCAAAACAAACAAAACAAGUACUGCACUAAACUUCAUUUAGAAUAAUAAUUAUUAACCUUAACCUAAGUACUUCCAGACACUAAUUGCCAGAUAAAACUAAAAUAUUCUGUAAUUCAUUCAACAAUGUAAUUUGAAAUCAAAUUAUUAAAAUAAAUGUAUAAAAUGUAUCUCCUGUUAGAAUUGUAAUUCGUGAUCUGGAAGCAUUGUUACGUGCCUUUUGCACGGUAGUUUUACACAUAUGUAUUUUUUUAAGACCCUUGGACCCGCGAUGUAUUAGAAUAAUUUUGUAGAACCGCAAUAAGUAUGUAAGAUUCGAAUGAAUAGCGUAAGUGAAAAUUAUACAUGUUAUGUAAAAUACUUGACAGAGAAUAAACAAUUUUUAUAAAUU